AUUGAGUAUUUGCCUGGAUAUUGUUCUUUGUUCGUGGCAGUCAAAGGAGAAUUUGAACGCUGCAUACAAACCAUCAGACGAGGAAAUCAGGAAGCCCUUUAUCUUUCGGGAAAAGUCAAAUGCAUGGCGGCUGAACAAACAACAUUGAGUUACUUUGCCAAACGGGUUGACCAGCUGAAGCAAAUAUUACAUGUGAUAGAGUCCAACAACAAGCAGCUAAAUCAUGAAAAAAAGAACAUUCUGGAAAAGCAAGGAAGUCAUCUUCCAGAUGCACAGCAGAAAGUGGUGACAGUGGAGGCAAAUAAGACAGAUACACCUAAAAGACUUCUGCCUGGAUUAAUGAUUGGGGAAUCGAUUGAUGUUGCACAUCUGUACAAACUCAGUUCCAGCUUUGCCCAGCAAUUUAAGGACCUUCAUCAGUCUAAAAAGAAUUGUUACGCAACAAGAGAACAAAAAGAUAAAUUGAAAAUGCAGCUGUCUACUAAGACCAAAGCAAAAGAUCAUGUCACAGAGAAAAAUUUGCAGCUGAAAGCAAGGUGCCGAAAAUUACGCAUUGCAUAUGAUGCUCUCCGAGUGUUCGAAAAGGAUCCUCUCUUAGGACCAACACAAGCAGAGGCAGUAAUUCGUGCACUUACUCGUUCAAACUCAAUGAUGAGCUCCAGAAGUGGGGAUGUCAUAUCUUCUAUAUUUGAUGAUGAUGACCCAAGUAAAGAACGAGAAGCUGAGAUGCUGCUUGAAUAUAUUGAACACUUUAAUGAAUUAUUUGAAGAAGGAAAAUACAAAGAUGCUGUGAUGCAUGCAGCAAGCAGUCCAAAAGGAAUACUGAGGAACUGUGAGACUCUUUCUCGUUUCAGAGCAAUUCAUGCUAGGACUGGCAAAUUACCACCUCUUCUGGUAUAUUGUGAGGCUUUGAUUUCAUCAGUACCGGCUGUUGGUUCACCGCCUGAUGCAGAAACAUCACUGGAGUGUGUUAAGAGUGCCCUUUCCGAAGAUAGGCUUGAUCUUGUGAUGCAUUGGCUCUUGCAAGAAAGGUUGACAUGUUCGGAGCCUCUUGGUCAUCUUCUCUACAACUACACACAAGGAAAAGGUGCAGGAAUUAUUAGUAAAGGUCUUCCUCUGGCCGAAGCUGUAUAUACUUUGGUUGAAGCUCACAUCCAGGCUGCUGUAUGUAUGUGCAAGCAGGGGAAAGUGCAAGCCAUGAUGGAUUAUGCAAUCAACGCAGAAUUUGAGAAAGAUAUGUAUAUGGGUGUUCUUGUAGCCUGCCCAUCAAUUGCACUCGCGGAGGUCCUCAUCCAGCCAAGGGGCCCGCCAGGGAAGCCUACUCUUUCGGUUGGUACUGUAGUAUUUGAACUUCUCCAAACUGAGAACUAUGCAAUUGGAGUGCAGCUUUUGGACAGAGUAUACCGUAGCAUUCAAGCAGAAAAUGAGAAGAUGUACAGGACUGAAGCCAGGGCCUCUAAGAAGCUCAAGACAGAACAGGCGAAGAGCAGGAAAACCACCAGAUAUUCGUCAUGGCCAUCGGAGCAGCGUACUUCGGCGGUUUCGUCAGCGACGGUACCACAGUCGGCAAGGGCAAGGGUUGUGGUCAAGCCGGUCAUUAGAAGUACGAAUGUACAAGCAAGGGCGGAUGUUGCCAAGGCAGAUAAGAUAAGAUUGAGGUUAUAACGUCUCAGCAGCUUUGGAGACAGCGGGGGUGGUGGGUGACAAAAAAAACGACCGGAUGUGUCAACACUUGAUGUCUUCCAAGAGUGACGCUACGGUCAAGAAAUACAUCAGGAGUUUCAAGAAAUGGCAGAGUUUUUGUGCCAGGAGCAGAUGCACCUAAUUACCAGCCCAGCUAAUUCUCAUCGCAGUGUAUCUAACGGAGCUCCUUGACUUGGGGGCUUCUUCAUCACGUUAUUGCAUCAGUAUUAUACGGCAUUAAAUGGGCCCAUGAGAUGAAUGGGCCCAACGAAUAACUCAUUCGUGAAAAACCUUCACGAAUCGAUAAACGCACAACAGGUCACAAGACACAGAAGAAAGAUGUAGUUUCGUCCGAUAUGAAAGUAGAGCUUUGUGAUAGAAAUUCUGAAGAAACAGAUUUGUUGGUAAUUAGAUAUUUAUGUAUGAUAACCUUAGCAUUGCAGGUUUCUAUCGGUUCAAUGAAUUGAGCUCAUUACGUUUACUGAAUAACUAUGUUUGGAGAUUUUUUCACUGUUGCGGUGACAAAAAGCAAGACGGAUCAAUAUCGUUGCGGUAAAGAAGUAGUAAUUUCAAAACGUUCCACUUCAGCAUGCCCUUUUAAAAUGUUGCUAAGAUAUAUGUCAGCUGCAGGUAUGGAUAAUACAACUUCAGCUUACCCGCUUUUAGAUCAAAGGAUGGUUGUAAACUAAUUUCCAAAGAUAAAAAGUCAAGUUACACAAGAGCCAGGGAGUGUAUAAUCAAGAUGUUAUCUUCUGUAGCUCCCAACCUAGAUUUAGGUUUACAUUCCCUAAGAGCGGGAGGAGUAACGGCCAGGGCCAGCAACGAGGGACAAGAGCGCUGUCUAAAGAGACAUGCGCGCUGGAAACAGGAUGAGAGGUAGAGAUGGAUAUAUAGAAGACUCACUUGAAAAGAGGUUAGAAGUGACCCAGAAACUGGGUCUUUAAGAACAAAUUUCUGUUAGAUUAUAUUUAUUUGAGUUAACCUUUCAUAAUCUUUCAUGUCUUAAGAAUUCGAGCAACGCAUUGCAGGUGAAUGGUUACAUAAUAGAGCGUUGGAAGAUUUAAAUAGAGAAGAAAAGAGUUUUGAAAUCAGUUCCAUCAAGCACUCCACACGAGGCACACAGACUUAAAUUUUUGGGAAAUUUUGAUUUUAAUAGUUUGGAAAAUUGUGAGUACUUGUAUAAUUAUGUUAGGGUGCAGCCCAACACCCUCGCCGAGGAGAAUUCUGAAUGUUUUUUGGGUACAGGUUUUCCAGAGCAUUUAAAAAUUUUAUAUCUCGGGUUUUUUUUGCCUGGAAGUCAACUUCUCCGAUGAAGCGUUUGAGUUCAAUAGUUAAAGCUAUUACAGCAUGACGAUAAGGAUCGUUCAGUGAGAGUUUUACCAAUUGUAUUAAUAUAUAAAUACAGAGCAUCAAGUCGUGGCCAGUCGUAGGUUGAAAUCCUACGGAGGAAUGUUUAUAGAAAGAAUUUUGGUAGUCAAAUCGUACCCACUACUGUUGCACAAUGUUGACGUAGCAGCUGCAAUUCAUACAGAUUAUCAAGUUGUAUUAACUUUCCAAAUGUACAGAUGUGCAAGUCCCUAAUCAUUCAAUAAACGGUGAACUCGUGUCUCCUGUGCUUUGCUUAUCCCACUCGAUGGUAAACCAUGGAACAUACCAUUGGUUUAGCUCAAUUGUAAACCAUUGAUUAAACCAAUGCGCAAAACUGAAUUUGUUGUCAUCUAUUUUUUUUCUAGCUUUUUAUGUUCCUAUCUUCUUGGACUCCAGGUCGUUUGCUCUUGUUACAGUCAAAUAUACUCCAUCACUUACUGUCUUGUCUGUGGUGUCCAGUGACUUGGAUCUGUUAUGGAGGACCAAAAAAAGUGGACAACCCAUUUUGGGGGGCGAGGGGGGGGAGGAAGAAAUUGAGUGGUGUUGCAAUAAAGGUUACUACUGCGUAUUGAUAAAAUUCAUCAACGCAGAAGAGUUUUGAUGUUCAUCAGUGAUGAUGAUAAGUUAAUCGUGGCACAUCUCAACAUUGUUUCAGUUUUGCAACAAUUUCUUUUCAACAACUUGAUUUUCUACUGGUAAACAAAAAGUAAAUUUUGUUUAGGAAAUCAAUCGUUCUUUUUUUUGGUGGUGAAAAUACGAAGUGGCUUCGUAUUGUUGUGUAGAUCCGAGACCACUGAAGUUGUUUUGUAUGUUUUAGAAACUGCUGUUUACUUUUUUCCAGUUUUCAGUAGGAUUUUCAGGAGUAUGCUCUUGUUCUGACACCAUGUAAAGAUCUAAGAAUUGUACGAAGUGUUGUACUAAGUGUUGCUGAAUUGUUUACCUAGACCAGGAAUUUUCGCAAUUAAAUAUUAUUAAUUACA